UAAUGAUGCAAAUGUAUCAAGCUUCAUCUUUUUUCAAAGAUUAUGUGAAAUAUUUACAAGAGAGAUUUACAUCAGUAGAAAAGAAAAGUAGUAAUAAUGAUUUUGUUGAUAAGUUAAUCGAUAAACUUGAGAUAAAAACAAAACCAUUUGUUGAUUUAAAAUAUUUUUUAAAGUUUUUUCAGCUUAUAGUAAUGAUGUCAAUUAAUACUUAUACCAUUUACAUUGGUGCAUUUACAAGUGAUAGAAAUAAAAUAGAUUGGUUCGUCAAUUAUUUUGAAUUCUAUUUUGUUGUUACGUGGAUCGUAAUUUGGUUUAUUUAUAUUGAUUUCCACUUUAGAGGACAAAAAAGUUUAGAGUUUUUAAUUUGGGUUAUGAAAUUCAUUUCUGGUUUCUCGAUGUUCUUGCUCAUCUAUUUUUUGAGCCUUGAUAUGACUAUGUAUAGGGUCAAAAAACCAAUAGUAAAUUUUAGUAAUCAAAAAUUGACAAAAAAAUUAUAUAUUUUUCUGAUGUUAAUGAUGGUAAUAACCCUCACCCCAAUUGCCAUUAUCGCACUCUUUGUCAAGUGUAGACAAAUCUCUACAUCCCUUGAACCAAUUACUUCCCGGAAUGUGGCCGACCUAUUUCAUAAAGAUAAUAUUGCUGAGACUAUAAGAGCCAUCAUCCGUUUUGCGGGAUUUACGCUCAAUAUAGCCUAUUUAAAUAAACCUCCAAACAUGAAUUCGUGGUUAGAAACUCAUUAUAUAGAGAAUCAGAAAUUUUACGAACGUUUGAUAGAUAGGAAGGGAAGAUGGGGAGCGAUAAAAGUGAUGCUUAAAUAUGACAAUGCAUUUCGUUUGGACAAAAAAUUUUGGAAAUCAUUUGAUGGUUAAAUUAAUUUAUCAUAGAAUAAUUACUAGUUGAAACUUGAUAAUAACAUUAAGCAAAAUGUAAUAAAAUAUAUUAAAAAAUUUGCGGUAUAUGAAU